AUGUAUCGGAGGUGGGAACUACUUCCUUAUCUACUCAGGUGGUGAGGUCUCAGCUUUGGGUAUCACAACCUUACUAUAAUGGGGAAUGAGGCAUUGUGAACCCAAUUUGUAUGCUUUAUGUUGAACUUGUAGAUGAAAUAUGCUCUGGAUCUCACUGCUGAGCUGUUUCCGCUGACAGUAUGAAACUGACAGGAGUCAGGAUCCACUAUAAUCCAACAUACGGCACAGGGUGAAUGAAUAUAGUAGAGAACGGUCUGCUAUAAAUAGGAAGGGUGAGACAGGGGGUUUUAACGAGUCUUAGAAUGGUCAGCUAUUAAAGUAGAAUUAUGUGAGACUACUUGGAAAAUCUGUCCACCACAUUGUGGCAGAAAGAGAUGGGAGAUAGACAUUAGGCAUGAGAAUGGAAGUAAAAGCUAGAAACGGGUAAAUGAGGCCAUGGGUUUUUAGAGGCUAAAAUCGCUAAAUGUUAAACAAGCACAGCAAAUAAAAACCUCACACAAUGCUACAGAACCUAUUCAUCCUUUUAAAAAUGAAUUUGCACCAUCCCGCUUUGAACUCUUUCCUUUAACAUUGAAGAAAUAAAGAGCAAGUUGUAAAUUCACUUUUUUAUAGUUGCAGGCUCAGAUGUACCUGCUACACGAAUGUUGAACCCUUCCCAUGGCUUUCGUGGUAUUGGGGGCUUAGUCACAGAGGGUAAAAAGCCAGUAACACAGGCUGAGAGAUCUUCUAUGGCAGGAAUGAUCAAAUUUCAUGGUCUUACCACUAUUUGUUUCUCUCAUUUUUUAUUUAUUAAUACAUGGUUAAAUAUAAAAAGAAUAUUCCAGCAGUACGGGUACAUAAGUAUAAAGGAGCAAAAAAUCUGACCGAAUAUACAAAGAAAAAGGAAAUACUUUUCCUAAUAUUCUUAGAACACUAAUAAAUUGGAACCAAAUGGAAUCCUAACAUUUUUAUUUACCACAGCAGUGGAACAUGGAUGUUCAUGAACAGCACAGAGGGGUUUGGUAUUAAAUUCUUCAAAUAAAAAAAUAUGUAAGACAUCUCGGUGCCAAUCAACACAUUGAUAGCGAAGAUAAAAACCAAAAAAUCUAAAAUAGUUAGAGAGUUCUUUGCUUCUCUUGAAGGUUCCAUCCAUCUUUAGUCUCAGAAGGCAAAUGGGAUUCAACUUUUAUGGAUAUAUCGUACAUUGUGUAUAAGGGUGGCAUAUGUUGAAAUGGGCCCUUUGAUUCCUGAUAGUAAACGUGAUCACUAACAGAAUACAUACAGAUUUUUUUUUUCCUUAUUCAUCACAUGAGGAAUUGAUAUAGAACAUCUGGAAACUAUAAUGAUGCAAUCUGGAUGUUUGUAACAGAACAAAAAUAUGUAUUACACUUGGUUUGGUUCCCUUUCAACUGGAUUCUCUCCGUGCAAAAUCUAAAAGAACAAAUCUUCCUGAAUACAAGACUUUAUUAAAUAAGGUAUGUCAAAUUAUCAUUUUUAUGUUACUGCCGCUGUUGUACUUUGUUUGCUAACUCCUGUUAUAGACGUUUGGUAUAAUUCAUUGUCCACGACUUAAUCUUUAAAUGUUUGACACGCAUAAGUCAGAAUCUUUCAAUGUGCAGUUAGCUGCUGUACAUUGUGUGAAACAGACCCAGCAAACAAAGUAUGGGAUUUCCAUAAAUAAGUCGUACAUAUGGUCUAUGUAGAGAAGAUUGUGAUAUUAUUGAGCCGUGUGACAAAGUCUCUCUCUCUUGCAAGAGUAACUAUUCUGAUACACGGUGAUAGUACGUCCCCUUUACUUCCACCUAUGGUGGCCAAUUAGAAUUUCAAUAAUUGUGUGGACAUUUGCUUAGCAUGUUUUUGAUUAUGGGGACAUAAAGCUACUGGAAAAAAGGAAGCAGGGGCUUGGGGGGGUUUCACACCUGGAAAAUGCAUAUUUCAGUAGUGGUGCAGACAUAAAGACCAAAAUAAAUACAAAAAAAUACAGUAUAAGGAACAGUACACACACAAAAUACAGUUUUACAUUUUACAAGGCUACUUACAAACACCUAUCUUAGCAAAUCAAUAUGUAAUUUAGUUACACCAUAUGACCAUAUUCGGUAUAUAUAUAUUUUUUUUGGUAUAUAUCGGUGGGUCCUACACUAAUUUCAACAUGGGAGGUUAAAAUGCUAACUGCUAUACUUGCUGCUUAAACUGCUUCCAAAGACUCUCCAGAAAUGUAUGCUGUCCUGUGAUCACCAGUAAAAGGGCAUUUAGAGUAGAAGAGUAGGUUUGCUCAACCUAAUACAAACAUAUAUAAAAUAUAACACACGUGCUCCCCAUUGUGUAAACAGAUAUAAAAUAGAUUUACCCUUAUUAACAUACUACACCAUUUUUAUGUCUUUAUCUGUCCUUUUUUGUAGAUUGUAUUUUCUUUGUAUUUUAUUAAGAAGAAGAUUGAAGGAAUAUUCCUACAAUCUUCUUAAUAAAAUACAAAGAAAAUACAAUCUACAAAAAAGGACAGAUAAAGACAAAAAUAUGGUGUAGUAUGUUUAAAACACCACAAGUAGGCUAAUAUGAAUUGCACUCACAGAGUGGAAUUAUAAUGCAGACAUAUAGAGGUCUUUAAAAUUCAGUGGAGAUCAAAUAUUCUUCCUGUUCAACCUUAAUGCAGAGGGAGAGACACAGGAGACAUAGUGCACCAGUAAAAUGAAUGACAUAAAUUUUAUUCAAAUUGCACUCAUAGGAUUUGUUGUAAAAAUCCAGCGUAUCAAAAUAUUUAGAUGAUCCCAAUGCCAGUGACACUUCUCCUGGGGUCAAAGAUUUGAAGAAGCCGGAUAAAAACAAAACCAAAAAUAAAAGAAAAUUUAAAAAAAAUACAAAUUUAUACAAAAAAUAAACAAACAAAAAGUCAAUAAAAUCAAAUGUAGGUGCUGUCUUGGUCCAGCUGCCCAACACGUUUCGUCCGAGAAAAGGGCUUCCUUAGGGGUAAAUCAAGGUGUGUGUCGCAAAUCAAUAUGGAAUUUAGUUACACCAUAUGACCAUAUUCGAUAUAUAUAUAUAUAUAUAUAUAUAUAUAUAUAUUUGGUAUAUAUCGGUGGGUCCUACACUAAUUUCAACAUGGGAGGUUAAAAUGCUCACUGCUAUGCUCACUGCUUAAACUGCUUCCAAAGACUCUCCAGAAAUGUAUGCUGUCCUGUGAUCACCAGUAAAAGGGCACCUAGAGUAGAAGAGUGGGUUUGCUCAACCUAAAUGGAAUCUGAUCUGGACUCUAAACAUACAUGGAAAAAAAAUUGGGGGACACCAAUGGAACAUACAUUUCUCAGUAGUGGCGCUGCCAUAAAGACCAAAACGUAAAACUGUUUUACUUUAAUCUGACAUUGGGCCACUUGCUUAAAAUUGAAUACAAAUGUAAAAUUUUAAAUACAAAAUGACUUACUGUAAAUUUUAAUUGACUUCUACAUAUUUCAAGACAUUAUAUAUUCGUGUGUGUGCUAAUUCCCCACAGUGAAAAUGGGGACAUGAGUGAUCCUUGGAAUUGAAUAUAACAUAUGUAUUGGAUCAUGGGGAUAUUGAUGGGAAUAAUAAGUACAUUUGGAAAGGAAGUUAGGGAUAUAAAGAAAGCUUCGGAGAGCCCUAUAAGAUGAGGAAAGAGGAAUGGGGAUGAUAAUAAUAGAGAUGACUAUGGUUGAAAAGACAAGAGGUUGAUAAAUGAACACUAAGAUUGAGAACUACAUGACAGGCGCAUAGUCGCCAUAUGGGCAGUUGGAAUUCCCCCAAAAACACACUGACACUGAUGUAUAGGUCAAUAUGUUCACAGCUUUAUUAAUAUUGAUAACAAUAAAUUAAAGUCAUUGCCCAGCCCCCAUCCCGCCAUAUAACAUCAUAUGUCCCCAAAAUAAAAGGCAAUUACCCAUUAUUUCUGUAAAUCUAAAUAACAUCAACAACCAUAAGAACAAACAUCAUCAACAUAAUAUAAGUGCCAAACUUUGUUAAAUAACCACGGUAGGUGCAUACCCGGAUACCCCUACCACUGGUCUAGAAGAUUAACUCUUUUUACUGUGAAAGAGAAAGAAGAUUAUUAAUUGAUGAGAUUGGGAAACAAGUCUGGAUGAUUAAGUGGAUGGAACACAGGUUGAGAAGAAGAGAGAGCCCCGACUCUGAGAAGAGAGAGUAAAAAGGUUGACAAGCUAAGAAAAAAUGAAGGCUGAUAGAAAAGGUUGAGAAAAAGAGAGCAGUAGGCAGUCAAGACCAAAAAAAGUGGCAUCUUUGGAGGUCUCAAGAUUAACCUGUCAGAGCACUCUGAUUGGUGUGCUUAACCCCUUAAGGAGCAAACUUCUGGAAUAAAAGGGAAUCAUGACAUGUCACACAUGUCAUGUGUCCUUCAGGGGUUAAGCCAACCAAUCAGAGUGCUCUGAGUCAUAUUGCACAGCAUGGGUAAGCUUUAUAAGGCUUUUCCAGUUAAUGUCCCUUCCCAGUUAAUUCUUUUUUAGGUGCCCCAUUUUCCCUUUAUUGGAUUAGCAACUGGGCAGCAAUAUCUGCCCAGUAGCUAGUCUUUUCCUAUGAUAGUGAGCAGCCAUUGACUGUUCUCUGUUUAGUAGAAAUGCCCCUACUUGCAGCAAAGUGGGUAUGGGCAGGAGGUAGGAUUUAACUUCCCUUUUUUUUUUUUUAACUAAUGCUUAGUAUUUUUUUACUUAGUAUUAGUAUAGUUGUCUGAAAGACCAAAAUUACCAAAAGGAAAGGCUUUCAGUUUUUUAGUAGAUAGCUUCCUAAUGCUUGUGGGAUUGCCAUAAGAACACCAAAAAGGAGUGAUUUACUAAACAGCUCCCUUAUGGCAGUCCCACAAGAGUACCAAUUUAGACAGUUACCUAUGAUACGACUGCAAGAUGCAGCCGUGGCCCAGGACACUGCCAAAAGUGGGACAGUUGGGAGCGCUGAUUAUAUUCACAGUGUUUCUAUAUUCCAAACUCCACUUCUAGAAUAUUAGUUUUAGGAGAAGGACUGAAGAGAAGCUGCAAAUAGCAGGUGCUGUUCAUGAAAGAAUCUCCCACUAACUAUCUCAUAUGACAUAUACUUUUAACAUACCUACCAACUCUGGUGUCCUAAGAAUUUGACGAAGUAAAGGGAGCCGACCAGUGAUGCAAUCGUGUCACUAGCUCCAACCCAAAAGGGCAGGCCCUGCAGCGAGCACAGUUUCAGCACUCCCUACAGGAUCCAAGUACCCUACUCAUAGUGCGAGCAUGUCUAUUGAUGCACUCGCGCACUGAUUGUUGGGAACAGUUCCCUGGUGUCCCCAAAACUGUCCCAUCGAAUUCAGGGCGGUUGGCAGGCAUGUAUACAUCAACCAUACUACACUGAGAUUAGCGGCCUCUCUACUGCACAAUGUCUGUCACUCAAUACAAUGUUUUUCUGCAGUAUGACUUCAACCACCGUGCAUUAUAGACUAUGAUUACAUAAUCUGGCGUAGUAUUUUGUUGUGUAUUUCACUUUUACAAGCCAGUUUUUCACUGGCAAUCAAAACAUUUCUAAUUUUCAAGAUUUUUUUGUAUCUAUACUGAACAGAAGAUUUACAAAUAAAGUUUUUUCACAUUUUUUUCAUUUUGUAAAAUUAUUAAACCUACACUGCCACCUACUGCCAUCCUUAGUUCUAGCAGAUAAUUAGGAAUAGUAAAAAGGUGUAAUCUUCUAUAUCCAAGUAUUAACAUAGCCAGAUAGUUAUUAUUAUUAUUACUGGUAUUUAUAUAGCGUCGGCAUAUUCCAUAGCGCUUUACAAUAUUAUCAAAGAGGGAGAUUUAACAAUUAAUGAGACAAUUACAAAAACUUACAGGAACAAUAGGUUUAAGAGGGCCCUGCUCAAAUGAGCUUACAGUCUAUAGGAUAUUUAAUAUUUAUUAGUGAAAAUGCUUGCUAUUAUCCUAAAAGGCAGUACAUUUUCCAAUCAGGUUGCACCUUGCAUUCAUAGUGAUACACCUGCUACACAUUCAUUACAUACAAAAUAUAAAAAGUUUAUAUGUUGUGAAUGAAUGAUUACAUUUAAUUUUCUCUUUGUGUACUUUAUGGAAUUUAUCACCAAUACAAAUCUCCUGAAUGUUCUGUUGUUGAAGUGUUCUAUUCCAGAGAGAAAAGAACCUGUAUAAUAGGUCAGGGAGUAGGAGCGGAGCCCUGGUUGUAGAAUCAAUGAAUGCCCCUGCCUCCCUACCUCUCUCCCCAGUGUCCCUCUCCGCCUCCCAUUGUGUAUGGGGUUGGCUGACCGUGAUUGUGUAUGAUGCAGCUAAGUGUGAUUGUGUGUGACAAGGCCGAGUGUGAUUGGUCGGUAUUGCUGGCAGGAUACUGGGUGGUCCUAAAGAGGAGCAAUUUGACUGCAUUACUUGCAGGUGCAAACCAUAGUAAGGUCCCUCUCAGUUCCCACCCAUUGGUGGAGGGUGGGGGCUAUUAAUGAAAGAUAGAAAGGGGGGUUGACAUGCAGUUGAGUCCAAAUAUAUAUCAAUAUUUGAUAUUUUUUCGAUAUUAUUCAAACUGAAAAUGAUCUGCUCUAGUUAAGCUCUUAAUGGCUGUAAUUAAAUUGAUAUGAACCAUUAAGUGGCUUAUCAGAAACUAUUAAGCUGAUGAUAAAAGUGAUUUGCUGGAAUUAAAUUGAGGCUAAAAUGAUGUAGCAUACAGAGGAAUAGUAUGUACAAAGCACAUGGAAAUAUUGUUUUUUUGUUUUACAAAUAAUAGUAUAGACAUAAUGUUUAAAAUGUUAAAUAUUAAAGGGACAGUUAGAUCAUCUUAAGGCACUAUAACAUCUUCAUCUAAAUAAAGUUGCUAUGGUGCCAGAAGGCCCCCUGCGCACUGUUACUUCAAAACCAUAGCUGCCUCCAGCAUUGAUCUCCACUCCCCCACCCCUCCCCUACCCCCAGACGACACCUGGUUUAUCGCCUUGAGGUAAGAGUGCGCCAGGUCCUCCUGGCACUAUAGCAGCCUAAUUUAGAUAAAGUUCUUAAGGAGUCUGGGAUGCUCCUUUAAGCUUUUUCAUGGUAAUAGACCUAAUUUAAAGGUAAAUUUAAAAUAGAAAUAAACAAAACAUCUUUUUUUGUAAAUCUACUUCCAAUAGCAAAGCAAUACUCUAAUGUCUCCUCACAGGUUAUCGUCAAAAUGAUGUCAAUACUUUAUCUUCUACCUGUUCUCUUGCAUCAUGGUUUAUCAGCUCCAAGACUUACGGUAGGUACUAGGUUGUAUCUGGUGCAAUGCAGUUUUAUAAAACUUUAUUUAGAAAAGGAAUUUGUUGGCUGUAAUUAUAUUUACACCAACAGGGCCACCAGUAAUCCAAGUAUUUUUAAUGCAAGGCCCUCCCUCACACCUAAUUAUGCUGAAGUAGGGGUAAAAGGAAAGUAAUGCCUACUCUUACAAAGUUAUUUAUUAAAAUGAGAAUUGUUGGGAAAUCAAAGUGAAUUCAAAGUGACCACUAACAAUUCUCACUUUAGUAAAUAACUCUGUAUGAAAGGAAAAUUUGAUAGAAAAAAAUUCCCAAGAGGCAGAGAAAAUGAUACAUGUAUGGGAAUAAUAUAACAUAAAUAGAUAAUGACCAUAGUCAGGAUAUCUGAAAUGGGACUAAUCAUAGAAACUGAAAGUUGUGAUGCAGCCAACAGAGAGACAAAUAUAGAACAACAAAUAUCAGAAAAAAAAUCCCAGGUUACAUGAGUCAAAGCAAAUACAAGUAGGGUUAUAACAAAAAAGGUGUGGUGGAGCUAUUCACAUGAGCAAAAACCACCAAUGUGCACUGGACAAUGAGACUUGCUCUAUUACAUUGGUUGAAUUACAAGCAGUAUGAUAUAAAUAGAAACCCCAAGCCAGGGGCGGGCUGGGACAGGGGGGUGAGGGGUGCAGGGAGGGAAUUGCCUCCCAGGCCGGCCUAAAUCCAGGGCUGUCUUUAACAUGGGGCUGCCCCAGGCCCAGUUACACCUGGAGGUCCAAUGUAGCUGCCCCUUGGCCCCGCCACCCACAACCAGCAAAAGAAAAGUUCCCCCCUAUGGGCCCAUGGUGCUGGUAUUGUGGCUGCACUGGGGCCUACACACUAAGUGCUUUAACAGCACGACUGGGCCCCUUUACGGCAGCAUGGGAGGAAGUGUAGAACGUGAGUCACUUCCUACCACAGAGACAAAAAAACUGCGCGGGAAAGAGACAGAGCCAGAAGGCAGUGUGAGAGCCAGCAAGCAGAGCCAGACCCCAACUCCCAAGCACCCUCCCCAGCACACUGGACCCCAGCAAAGGUACCAGCAAAGGUAGGAAACUAGCUUUAAAAGUGUAAAGUUUGUGUGUGUGUGUGUGUGUGUGCAUUUGAGUAUGUGUGUGUCAGUAGGUCUGUGUGUGUGUCAGUAUGUCUGUGUGUGUGUCAGUAUGUAUAUCUGUGUGUGUGCGUGUCAGUAUGUCUGUGUGUGUGCGUGUCAGUAUGCCUGUGUGUGUGCCAGUAUGUCUUUGUGUGUGUCGGUAUGUCUGUCUAUGUGUGUCAGUAUGUCUGUCUAUGUGUGUGCAAGUAUGUCUCUGUGUGUGUGCCUGUAUGUGUGUGUGUGUGUCAGUAUGUCUGUCUGUGUGAGUCAGUAUGCCUGUCUAUGUGUGUCAGUAUGUCUAUGUGUGUGCAGGUAUGUCUCUGUGUGUGUGCCUGUGUGUGUCAGUAUGCCUGUAACAGUGUGGAAAAGGUGGGCAUGGAUGGUGAGGUGAUAAGGUGGUGCAAUGGGCCACUUGACUGGAUUUGCCCCCCAGGCCUAAAGCUGCCAGCCCUGCCCUGCCCCAAGCACAUGCACACAGAUUAGUUACAAGUAUGUUAUCAGAUGAUAAUGCAGAACAACCAUGUAGCAUCAGAAGAACAACACUGUCACGUGAAUUGUCAGAAUGGUUGAGUAGGAUCUGUUGGAGAGCGAGAGACAAAAACUGAAACUGGAUGAUGCUAAACUUCAUGCUGGUGACAGAAGUCUUGAUCUUGCCAAGGAAAUAGGGAGAAAUCUUACAGAAAAUGCAGUGAUGGUCUUGCUUACUGCUGUCUGUUUCUUUCUUUUCAAGGACAAAGAAAUCUGCAUCUUGGAUAAUGGAAAAUUACAUUAUAAGAUAACAGUUCUACAGGACAGGCUUCGUUUAGGAGACCUGCUGCUUCAAGACCUCAUUAAUAAUAACUAUCACUCGGUAAAGAGCAACGUCUUUAAAAGCAACAUUGAUAGAAGAAAGAUAGACAUACAAGUCCCUCCAACCAGUGGGAAUCUGAUCGUUCAUGAUGAAGGUAGGAAUGGAAGCCCCUUUUCUGCAAAGUUUUCGGUAGGCACCUGUAGGCUUAACUAGGGAAUUUAUUUUAAGUGCAAUAUUUUUCACUAAAAAGGCAUUCCUGGUUUAGAUUUACCACCCCAUCUCAUGCACAUACUUUUUUAAUGGAUUAUAUCUGCCACUGUUAACCACACAUAUUUUAAUUCUCUGGAUUCUACUGUGAUUUUAGUAACAUUGUGGAUUCCAUUAGCUUGAUCUUCACCUGCCAAUCAUUAUAGAAAGAGCAGAGACAAAAGAGAAGAUACAGGAAGAAAGUUUAGGUUUCCCCUUCUUUUGCGCAGUGUGUACCCUGGCAUCAAUGUUGUGAUCAAGAGUUUAUCCAGUGGUUUAAUUUCUGGAAAAGACAUGGUUUCCCUUUAAUCCUUGCAGAUUGUUCUUCUGUGUUUGAAAGAGGAAAAAGGGAGAGCGGUUAUUAUCGCAUACAACCAACACCAGGGAAUGAGCCAUUUCUUGUGUACUGCGACAUGACUGAUGGAGGGGGUUGGACUGUGAUCCAGCGCCGCAGCAAUGGGAGAGUUAAUUUUAAUAAGUACAGACAUGAUUUUUCACAUAUUUGUUUCUAUGUAACAAGGAAAUACAUUAAUUUAACAUUAUUAACAUUAUUUAAAUUAUUAAUUUUAACAUAUUCAUAUUGUCUUAAAUGAGUAUCAACAAUUUUUCAGGGUAGCUCUGUUCGUGGCAAGUUACCAGAUUUCUUCUAGGGUAAAUCAUUUUUUUGUGUGGCCAUCCUAAAUACAAUGGACUCUAAGCGCUGCAUUUUUUGGUAUAUAGGGGCUAAAUACAUAGUCUUUUUGCUCCCCAAUGUGUGAUAAAACACUGCCUACAUUCUAUAUUCCGAGUGUCACCCAGAGUAAUGUCCAGGUGACCAGCAGGAGGGGGCGCACAGAGCUUUCCCUUCCUACUAGUCACCAGCUUAACGUGGCCUACUUACCGUGGUAGAGGAUAUUUUUUUAUUCUCUACCCAGUGUGACAGGAGGCUACACAAAGCAGCAAACACCUCUCUAUUAGACUGAGUAGAGGAAUAAAGAAGAUCCUCUACCCUGGUCCCUGAAUGCACUCUCCAACAGGGGGUCAGAGUGACGAAUAGGGUUGAGUCAAAGAGGGGGUGCAAGAGACAUUUGACAGUUUUUUUGACAACUGGCUGUUUUUUAGGGGGGGGGGGUUUCGUAAAAAAAAAUUUUAGUUAAAAAAAUAUUUGCUCACCUUAUAUUCUGGUGCGUAAUAUUCCAAAAACCCUGUAAAAACGUUUUAAAGUGAAACAGCCCAGGAUCACCUCUAAAUUACCCUAUAUAUAUUAUAUUACAUUAUGUUUAGAUUUUGCAGCACUCUGAUUUAGCCCAUUCUGCACAUUUUUUUGUUCUUCUGAUUAGGUUUCCAAAUCAGAAAAUCUCGACCGAAAUUCUUCCAAACCAGCAAUCAGCCUAAAUUCCCAAAACAAUUGCUAUUUACUGAAAAAAUCGGCACAAGUCAACCGAUUAUUGUUGUCUGCUUAAAACUAAAUGGCUGACAUAAUGCAUACGCAGUUACCUACCUAAUUCUAUUGUGUGUUUUCAUUGCCAAUGAUUUAUAAGGAAACCACAUGCAGCUAAAUAUUAUGUGUUACAUCUUGUGAACAAUUCUCAGUUGGGCACAAACUGUUCCCAAUGGAGGAUCCCCUAAAAUGGCAGCACUGGAGUGACAGUUUUUCUUUAAAUUAUACAAUUAUGGGUCACUAAACAAGAUAUGAGAAAACAUAAUUCAGCAUAAAUAUAUCAUACUUUAAAUUAUAUAUAUAUUUUUUUCUCUUCAUUAACCAGACAUUGUUCAUUGCUUUGCAGAAAAUGGGAUGACUACAAACAAGGAUUUGGUUUCUUUAAAGGUAAAAACGAUGAAUAUUGGCUUGGGAACAAUCACAUUUAUAGCCUUCUUGAUAAAAGUAAGUACAUUGAUGCAGGUUUUAAUCCAUUCUUUAUCCAGUCACUCUGGCAGUUAAUGAUUUAAUGGCAGAUUGCUUACCGCUCAUUCUAUGAUUGUCCAGGAGAAAUGUCACUGCAAAUUGAUCUCAUGGACUGGAAAGGAAACAAACGAAAUGCAAUCUACGAAGAGUUUAGAACAGGAAAUGAACAGGUAAGAACAGCCUCCCAAACAGGGUGGACAAUUAAGGCCCACAUUAAACAUAUUUAUUUAGAGGCAAACAAAUAAAUAACCAACAAAUAUGGCAACAGUUCCCAAGGCUAACCUCAGUAUAAAAGCUUGGUGCUAAAUGUGCGUGUGGAUAUUUUACAUACUCUCAGGCCUAUGGGACAAAUGUCACAGGGACAACGAUCAAUAGUCCUAGGGCAGCAUUUUCUGUCUAUUGUUUUAUUGUGCUGUUACCUAUAACGCUGGUUAGUCUCGUACAGAAUGGCAUGAGUGGAGUUUAUUUUGUACUUUGUCUAAUAUCGGAUAAAGUUACAUUCAUAAGCACUGCCACAGUGAGUCACGAGGACUCCAGACACACAGUGUUUGAGAGUCAUCUAUUCCUGAAGUAGCCCACUCACAUUGCCAUUCUUACCGCUUUUGGCCUCACAGUACGGCGCUGGGUGCUGGACCCUGGUAUAUAAUUUUUAUUGCCACUGUUUUUAACAGAGUGCUCGCCUUGAAAGGGAGCAGGAGAGAAAUGUCAACGCGAGCACAGCUCUCCCACUUCCCUCUUAGACCACCAAGGAAAAUCACAUGGAAAUAAGAGCUUUGGCUUUUGGGGCCCAGUUGGACCAAGCAAAACUUCUGUAAAAUUAAUAAUUUCCUAUUUGCAAACAUUCCCUCAAGUAUAGAGUGUUCACUUUUUUUCAACUCACAAAAACAGAUUUGGGAUAUGUACAUACAGUGUGUUGGUCUAUUUGUCCUUUGGGACAGUUCGCUAGCACAUUCGAAGAAACACUCUGACGUUAGAAAUACAAACUUGUACUCCAGACCCCCCAACGCUGGUAAAUAAUAAAUAAAAAAAGCUUCAUUAUUUACCUUUAUUUCCUCUCUGUAAAGGUCUCCAUACAGCUAGUGAUCAUCCCUUGGCAUAGAUCAUAAUUUCCGAUGAUCUCAGAUAAUUCAAUGCUUUUCCAUAGGGAUGCGCAUGCAUGGCAAUUGCUGUGUAACACCAAUCAGAAUCUCUUCAGAGAGGUGCCUUGACAUGUUGCAUCUGUUUGGGGAACGUUUUGUCAACUAUAUGCAGAAGACGAAGACACUGGAAGUCAGUUGCUGCAAAGUUCCAAGACUGCAACAGGAUAGACCUCUAGUGAACUUGGAUUGGCAAUUACUAGAGGUGACCUUAUGGACAAAUAUAACCACUGCAUUUUCUCAGAGAAGGCAGUGGUUACAAUUGUCAGACAGCAGGGACAGGCUCUAUGCACCAGAACCCCUACAAUACGCUGCAGUGGUCCUGGUGCAUAGAGUUAAAAGACCACUAUAGUCACCCAGACCACUUCAGCUCAAUGAAGUGGUCUGGGUGCCAGGUCCCUCUAGGGUUAACCCUGCCAUAGAGAAACUGCUAUGUUUACAUUUGGGGUUAAGCCAGCCUCUAGUGGCUGUCUUCCGGACAGCCACUAGAGGCGCAUCUGUGACGCUGGAGGCAUUUUAUGCCUCCAUCACGCAGAGCAUCCAUAGGAAAGCAUUGAAAAAAUGCUUUCCUAUGGACACUUUGAAUGCGCACGCGGCACAUGCGCAUUCCGCUUCGCUGACAUCAGACGGGGGAGCUGACGUCGGCAGGGGAGGAGAGGUAAGGGAGCCCGGCGGUGGAAGAAGGUGAGUAACUGUAGGGGUUUUAACCUUCAGCACCACAGGAGGGGGAUCCAGGGUGGGGGCACCCUCAGGUACUAUAGUGUCAGGAAAACCGAUUUGUUUUCCUGACACUAUAGUGAUCCUUUAAAGUAUAUAUUUUUCAAUAACACUAAGUAAGUUAUUUCCUUUAAGGCAAAUUGGUAUUUGAUUAUAACCAUUUAAUUAAAAAAAAACAAAAAAAAUCUGCUACAGUAUUCUGAAAAUAUUGCAUGGAGCUGUUGAUACAUUUGAGGUUUAGGAUAUAUAAGAUAAGAUAUAACUGAAAAUAAUAUGCUGAUGAAGCAAAGUGCCAUUUUAUGUAUAUGACAAAUAUAUUUGUAUAUUUUUUAUAGGAUAAUUACAAGCUAUGGGUGGGCUACUAUUCAGGCACUGCUGGAGAUGGCUUGUCUGGGGGGAGCAACUUUGAAAAUCAAUGGUCGGCAUCAUUAAAGGGAAUGCCAUUCAGCACUUCGGAUAAAGACAAUGAUAGAUUCAUUCACGGGAAUUGUGCGCAGGAGAACAAAUGUGGCUGGUGGUUCAACAGGUAAGAAAGCUUAACAAUUAAUCUAAACAAUUAAGAUUUUAAAAUUUGCUUUUUUUUAUUAUAAAGGGACGAUUAAUUGCAUGUAUUUUAUGGGGGGUAGGGAGGAAUAAUUAUUCAUCUUUAAAAAUGUAUUUUAUACCACAUAUCUUUUGAAAAUGUCUGUAAGCAUUCAUCUCCCUUCAUAUUGACCUGCAAUGGAUUCUACCCAAUUUAGUACUUACUGGGUUAAAUCACUAAACCGAUAAUUUGGGGAGAUUUGAUACCAUUCCUUUUCUUUGAGGUUACUAUUUUGCUCAGCUACAAUUCCAAGUUAUUUAUAGUACUGAUUGCUUUACUCAAUUAUAAUUUGAUUUAAUGAGAUGAUAGUGAACAUGCUACAUACAUAUAGUACAUGCAUGUUUUAUGUAUAUACACAUACAUACAAUGAAACGUUUGCUCCCACUAUAAACGAAGAGCCAUAUAAUGCUAUAGCCAGUGGCAACUAAAGUAUACAUGUUUAACAAACGUCAACGUUCAUUGCUAUUUAGCUUGUUUGAGGCAAAAAUGUAAAGAACAUGGGCCACAGUUUAUGAUUUUUGGAUAAGCUUUUCAAAUGAUUUAAUAUUUUUGGAUAAACUUUUAAAUUUAUUUUUUUAUAAUUUAAAAAAUAUAUCACAUAGGAGGUGGAGCCAGCUCUUGACCGGAGCACUCGCAUGCUUGCAGCGCUCUGUCUCAAUGGAUUGAAACCACAUACAAUUUAAGCUUUACCAGGGGUAUUUCUGGCAUACAGACUAUCUACAAGGACUGCUCUACCUACGAUGCGGAAAACUAAAAAAUGAAAGCCGGACCGGCGUUGGCAUUCUGCAAAUAUAAAACCAAAACGAAUGUAGCGCUUAGAUAGUAAAUAAAUAAAUCACCUUUGAUUAAAUUGGACAGAGGAUUUCCCCUUAUAUACUCAAUAUGGUACAUUUGUUUUGGUUUUGUAUUUGAUGUUGGUGAUGCAAGGGAUCGCUUGAAUGUAUAGCAGCUGAUUAUUUAAAAGCAGAUAUAUUGUGAUCUAAUUCUAUUUAAGAAGCGCUGGUACUCAUUUUACUAUUCUGCAAAUAUAGGCUUCCUGUUCAUAGGCCGCAUGGCGAAAUGAGGCCUGACAUGGUGUUGGAUCGCUGAGAUUUUUCAGACACUUUUGGCUAGCUGCCGCUGUAUAGAAAGGAGAAUCUGGGCUUUCAGGGACGCCAUAAAUCUAACCUUUCGGUCAAGGGGGCAUCUACUCCGGCCAUUCUAACAAUCCUCUUGGUGGACCUUCAUCACAGCAUACUGGCAGAUAUCUCCCAGGUCAGAGGACUUAGCAUUGUGGAGAAGACUGCAGUGACCCACGGUGCACAAAUUUCUAAAUUGAAGAAACAGGUCGGUGACCUGACCAUAACUCAUGACCAUCUGGAACACCAACUAGCAGCACUUUAAGAUAAAAUAUAGUGGGAACACUGAAGAUAAUAGGCCUGUCAGAUGAUAUUGCUAUGCCUGAACUGCCACACUUGAACUAGACGGCAUGUUCUGCCUGCCAAAGCCUCAGUCGAACACAUCGGCUGCCUCUAUUAAUCUAUUGAUCAAAUUUCAAAGUGGGCAAGACAAAUCUGCCUUAUUGCCUCUCGUGCAUGACUCUACAACAAAUGAAAUCAAUUUAAUUACUUACGUGACGUGAUCAUAACACUAUCUUGUAUGAGAUCAUAUUAAGGCUGAUUUAAUACAGUGUGUAAGCACUACAACAUAACACACAGUCUGACAAAACAACGUAUUAUUCGUAUGUUUUUGCGCCUGUCUUUGUAUACAUCUUGUAUACCAUGUUAUGUCAAACAUGUGUCUGCCUGUGGCAUAAAUAAAUAAUUAAAAACAAUAUUUUUUAUAUGUAUAUCUAUAUUAUAUAAAAAAUAUAUCAACAAAUUUAAAAAAAAGUUUUUUUCAGCAAAAUAUUACAUUUCAAACGUUUAAACAAAAUGUUUUAACUACUUGUCAAAAAUAUUUAAACCAAGGCCAUGGUUGGACAGUGUGCAAGGCUCCGUAACACCUCUGCAGGAACUAUGAUUGGAUGUUCUCAAAGGAAAACAGCUAACAAUCACAUAUUUACAAUUUAAAUACCUUUAUAUUAAAACAGAAUAUCCACUUAAUUGAAAAGAGAAGAAUGGGAAAGCUAAGAACAUAGACUGUGCAGGGUUGUGGAACAUAAGAUUAUUACUAGAAGCGAUGGGAACACCCAAGUAGGAAUGAUCAGGAAGAGAUUUGGAAGGAAGGGUUCCAUUACAGAAUGUUGACUUGGGUAUGGAAUCCAGGCCAUGACUAAUUUCUCUUUCUUCAUUUGCUUUCUUCCCUCUAGGUGCCAUAUAGCCAACUUAAAUGGCGUAUAUUACAAAAAUGGGAAUUACACUGGUGAAUAUGACAACGGAAUCGUUUGGUCCACUUGGCGAGGCUUGUGGUACUCAUUGAAACAUGUAUCAAUGAAGAUCAGAAGACCCACAUUUCUCGAUGUGGGCAGUGGAACUGGCAUAAAUGGUUAAUUGAACGUUAUUGCCAAGGACAGGCACCAAUUACACUGAUGUCAGCUGAAAUAGUGCAAAAGCAGCUAGAAACAGCUCCUGUUAAAAUAUAUUGUUACCGGUAUAUUUUUCAUAUUAUUUACUUUGCAGAAUUUACUGUACAGCAAGUUCCAAUAUCUAGGAAAAUUAUACUAAUCAGACAGGAUAUCAAAAGACAUGUGAACUGAAGCUAUAUUUGCUUGUAUGUGAAAUUAAAGCCUUGGAAUGCCCGUCCAUAUAAUGUUUAAAACACAGUAAAUGACAUUAAAUGUUAUCUGUUUCCAUGUGAUUUUAUAUUUACUCUUCACAUUAACAAGGUUAAUCCCCUAAGGAGUGAAAUAUACAGAAUUCAGAGUGAAUUUUACACUUAAG